CAUCCGCUGGUUUUUACUUCUAGUAGUGUUUUCCUGCGUUAUGGCGGAGGAAAAUCGAUCGUUCGACAUGUUUGGGAAAAUCAAAUCCAGUAUUCAAAUGGCAGGAAAAUUGUUAGGUCUGGACCAGGCUAAAGGUGUUGCCGAAUUAGUGAGCGAGGCCUUCGGGAAAACCAGAAUAAAGCACGACAAUGGUAAAGAUAAUGUGUUCUCAGGAUUUUGGAGGGUGUUAGGUUUCGAUGCGAAGAAAAUCAGUGCUAUUGCCGUAAAUGCCAUCAUUUUCGUCGCACAAUUAAUAAGUUCCUCGUUGUCCCUCAGAUCACCAUCUCAGUUGACUCAAGCACGAUACUCAACAGGUUCACCCUUCGAUUGGAUGCUCAACAACUCUAAAGUGUCCAAUCUUCUCGCUUACACAACGGACCAAGACCUUCCCGACCAGAUCAUUGAGUAUGUUCAGGAACGGACAGCGGACGAAGAAACGGGCUGUGUCCAGCUUCUAAUUUGUAAAAGCUCACCUUUUGUUUGGAGCAUGCAAAAAGCACUCAAGGAGAGAGGUAAAGAAGGCGUAAAGGGGCCCAAAGCUCUGUUUGCUUAUUUGCCUGAACUGUCGGAAGUUGCUGAUUAUGGGGAUGAGUGUGAAAAAAAACAUCCCUAUUGUAAGUUCGACAUUUUAUAAACUUUAUAAUGUAACCAACUGUUUGAAGUUGUAAAUAAUGAGAUA